AUGACCUCUGUGGAAUCCGGCGCCAAGGUCCUCCGCAUGAAGGAGAGCGACGUGCAGAAGCUGGUCGCGAUGCACUGCCACCUCGGCACCAAGAACCGCAGCAACGCCAUGAAGAAGUACAUCCACAGCCGCACGAAGGAUGGCACGAACAUCAUCGACCUCCACAUGACGUGGGAGAAGCUGAUUCUCGCCGCCCGCGUGAUUGCGGCCGUGGAGAACGCGCAGGACGUCACGGUGUGCUCGACUCGCCUCUUUGGCCAGCGCGCCGUCUUCAAGUUCUCGCAGCUCGUCGGCACCUCCUUCCUGGCUGGCCGCUUCAUCCCCGGCACCUUCACGAACCAGAUCCAGAAGAAGUUCAUGCAGCCGCGCGUGCUGCUCGUCACGGACCCCCGCACGGACCACCAGGCCCUUCGUGAGGCGAGCCUCGUGAACAUCCCCGUGAUUGCCUUCUGCGACACGGACGCCCCGCUGGAGUUUGUGGACAUCGCCAUCCCGUGCAACAACCGCGGCCGCUACUCCAUCAGCAUGAUGUACUGGCUGCUGGCCCGCGAGGUGCUGCGCCUGCGCGGCACGAUCCCCCGCAGCGUGCCGUGGGACGUCAAGGUGGACCUCUUCUUCUACCGCGAUCCCGAAGAGGCCCUGAAGCACGAGGAGCCCGCCCAGAUCGCCGCCCCGGUGGCGGAGGUGGACGAGGGCUUCGGUUGGGUUGAGCGCGACAACAACACCUGGGAGCAGUAG